ACAGAAUACCCCAUUCCUCUGGUUUCCAUCUUAUGCUCUUGUGUAUCUAACAUUAAUAUUUUGUUUUUGUUGUUUCCUACACAUUCUUAUAUUUACUCGAUUUGUCCGUGACUCUAUGGAAAUGUCAAACAAGCAUGUUUCUACAUUUAUAUUUUUCCUUGGAUUGGCUGUUUUGCAUGGAAUUCAGUAUACAGAAGAGAGACAUUUGAAAAUUACUUCGUUAGAGAUUGAGUCAACUUAUAUGAAUCCAGAGGCUGAGAAUUCUAGCAUUGUGGUCACAUAUACACGACGUAGUGUUCUUCAAAAGGCGGUCAUCACCCACCCCACAGACUUCAGGUCGACAAAUCCCGGCAACAGCCCAGGUGUUGGACACUCUCAUGGACGACAUUGAUUUGGGUAUCAUAUCAUACGUCACAAUUUAUAUCAUAUAGAAAAUUAUAUGUAUUUUUCGUGUAAACUUGUCAUCUAAUUCUGAAGGGAUGUUUGGACAUCACUUUACCAUUUCAAUGUUUUGACAGUACUAUGAUAAUCAUGUCUUUGUCGUGGGUUUGCUCCACUGUCAUGUUUGUAAAAUUAUAGAAUGAAUAAAUCGCUUUGAGAAGAAUAUAAAUUAAUGACAAA